AUGCAUCUCAUGUACACCGUCGACGACAAGGGCAACCGCCUGUACACACUCAAAAAGGUGGCCCACGGCCAAGUCACCAAGAGCGCUCACCCGGCACGCUUCUCGCCCGACGACAAGUGGUCGCGCCAGCGCGUUACCCUGAAGCGUCGCUUCAACCUUCUUCUGACCCAGCAGAAGGACGAGGAGUAA